AUACUUAGCUGCUUUCUUACUUCCGCUUGUGUUGAUAGAUUUGAGUUUUUCUGCUUCACAGUUGUGACGUGUUCCUGUAUUUUAACUUGUUUUAUUUAAUUUCAUUUCAAUUUAAUAUAAUAAUAUAAUUAAUUAAUUGGUUUAGACAUUAAAAAUGCCUGCUCCAGCUAGUGCUACCUCUGUGGGGAGUGGAAGCCGAUCACCCCGUGCAAUCACAUCUCGAACCACUAAUGGCAGUGGUGCAAGAUUAAGGAAAACUGGAACUAGCUCCUCUUCAAGUGCAGGUCGCGGCGGAGGACCUUCAUCUGGUGGUAUGUGGCGCUUUUACACAGAUGACUCACCUGGAAUUAAAGUAGGUCCUGUACCUGUUCUUGUGAUGAGCUUGGUUUUCAUUGCUUCCGUGUUCAUUUUACAUAUUUGGGGAAAAUACACUCGAUCAUAGAUUUAAUUAUUUAAAGACCAAACUCAUGGAUUGGGAAUCAAAGUUCAAUGCAUUCAUCAACCAGUGAGAUCUCUCAACGAAAUAUAACAGAAAGAUUGGAGAGAUGUGAAAGAAUUUUGUUCUUUUUUUCAUAAAUAUAUUGAUAUUUUAUUAAAUCUCGGAAUGAUAUA